AUAGGACUCGAGUUUGGGAACAGUACAGCCAAGAGGUGGAGACUUACCUGCGGUGAACUUUUAUAUGAUUAUAAUUAUACAUAUUAUCAUAUUUCACCGGCCCUUUGGAGUGAGGUUGACGUGCGCUAUUUGUAAAUUGGACUGCCAGAAAACACGGAUAUUAGUCGCCACCUCUUAAAAUUAAGAACGCUCUGAGCUGCAGAGCAAGAGAAAUAAAACGGCAGAGAGCCCAUGCUGGAGAGUGGGGAGUCUGCCAGGGAGAGAGGCUGGCUCCUGUUCUAGUGGGAUCGACAGUGAAUGGCAACCAGUCCAAAUCACUGCACUGCCCAUGACGUCCCCUGCAAGGUAAAAGUUGGAUUAGCAGGAGGAGUCGGGGGCAGAACCUCGCAGGAGUCGCAUGACAUGGAGGUCAAAGGUCACCUGAUCACAUCGCCAGGGCUCGGCCCCACAGACCCUCAGUCUUCAGACCUGGAUUCGAAACUGCGCUCGGACCGGGUCGCUGAGCUACUCGACAGGAAGAGGGCGCUACAUAGCACUCUGAGCUCCCGUCUUGUGGAUCUGAAGAAACUCUGUCUGCAAGAAGCGGAAUUUACUGGCGAGCUUCCAAAUGAGUACCCUCUGGAAUCUGGAGAGAGACCCCCCCAUGUCAGACGCAGAGUGGGAGGGUCCAGUCGGGUCCCCAGCACCUCGAAUGCAAAGGUAGAGGAGUCCUGGCUCGAGGACAUGGAGCGCCAGUUCUCUCUGCAGCAGCAGAUCGUGGAGGCGGCCCGGCGGCUGGCUGGGGGGUUGGAGCCGGGGGCGGAGCAGCGCAGGAGGAGGCAGGUGCUCUCUAGUGCCAUCCGCAGGCUGCAAGAGCUGGAGGAGCUGAUCAAUGAGCAGAGAGACAAGCUGGGCUGGAAACACACACAGAGAGCAGACCAUCUGCUUCAAGACGACCGCCCGUCUCCCCCCAGCAUCCUGCCGGGCCGCGCCUCGUCCCCCAAGUCUUGGCUGGGCCGGGGGAGCCCCGAUUGCAAGGCGAACCAGCAACUGCCCCCCAUGGAACUGCACCACGAGAUGAGGAAUCGUCACAGCUCUGUGGCCAGCACAGCGAGCCCCAGUCAUAUUCUACCACGGAGCAUCUCGAACGUAGAGGGGAGGAGCGUCCCGGCCACGCCCCUCCUGCCCAGGACCACCCACAGCAGCGGCCAUCUUAGAAAUGACAUUCCCAGCGGCCUUUGUCUCAGGCAGUGGUCGGACACCCCCGAAGGACCCCUCGCCUUGCUGCUGCAGGAGGAGAUGACGGCUGCGCCGGUGGUGUUCUUCGAGCGAGGGGGCUGCCCGAAUGCCACCCGAACUCGCCGCAGCAACAGCUCCGAGGCCCUUCUCGACCGCCCUGCGUGCCAGGAGCCUGGGGGGAGAGGGAGAGGGAGAGGGGGAGGGGGGCCGCUGGCGGUUCGAGGGCCCUUCAAGAGCUCAGAAACGCUGAGCGACGGGAAGCAGCCGUGCCGAAGCCCGGAGCGUUACGAGAGCAGGCCGCAGGAGUCUGUGGGCAGCAGGGGCGGGACUUCCUACAAUGACAUACUGCUGGACUACAUGUGGGAAAAGCAGCAGCAGCAACAGAUUGAAGCGGGAAGGACUUGCAAGGAAGAGGGUUCGCCCGCAACUCUCCAGCCUGCCAACGGCUGCCCCUCCCUGCCGUCGCCGCAGGAUCUUGCUCCCUCGCCAACCCACCUUGGCGCCGGCAACAGCAGCCCUUUACCGAGGGGCCGGGGAGAGGUGCGUCGGGUCAAAGUGACCCGGACUAAAUCUUGCGGACCUUUUAUCCCGUUGCAAAACCAGCAGCUCCGACAUCCGCCCCACCACCGCCAGGAAGGUGUGGCGCUUCCGAAAGACAGCCGGGGUGAGCUGCCGCGGUCCCGUGGCAGAGGGGAGGAGUCCAGCCACGUCCUGCACAAGGCGCUGGCUCUGGAGGGGCUCCGGGACUGGUAUAUCAGAAAUGCACUGGCCCACAGAGGGGCAGGUCAGCCUCCACAGGGCAGGGGGCAGGAUUUCGGGAGGAGGAGGAGGCUGUGUCAGCAGCACCCCAGGCAGUUCUCCCAGUCCAACCAGUGCUGCCCUGGUCCGCUCCAGCAUCUCUCCCAGUCCAUCAGCUUUCAUGGGAGCCCGCUCCACGGCAGGCACUUGGAGCUCUCUCUUUAUCGGGAUAACUUCCAGAGUCAGCUGCAGGACAUGAGCCUGGCAGACCCUGCCAUUGAUAUGCCUUCACCAGGGACACUUGUCUGAGACACAGGGAGAGGCAGGGAGGCAGACAGACAGAGAGAGAGAGGGAGAGAGAGACUGGCAAAGAGACAGGCAGGGA